GCACACAGGGUUGCCUACUCCGAGGAGGACCUGGUGCUGCUGCUGCGCCAGCUGGCACGUGCACUGGAGCACGUGCAUGGGCGUGGCCUGCUGCACUUGGACGUGUGCCCCGCCAACGUCGUCGUGAGCCCCACACGCACGCUCAAACUCAUCGACUUCGGCAGCACACGGAAAGUCGCCGCGCUGGGCACGGGGGGCAACAGCGGGAGCAGCGGCACCCUGGAGUACAGCGCCCCGGAGGUGAUAAAGGGAGGAGCGUUCAGCACCCCUGCAGAUAUUUGGGGUCUGGGCGUCAUCACAUUUAUCGUACUCAGCGGCGGGCAUCCGUUCCUGGCGCCGAGCGUCGAGCAGACGUGCGCCAACAUCCGCAGGGCAGAGGUCAACUUCGGCAGCUGCUACUCGAAGGUGUCGAGGAACGCGGUACUCUUCCUCAAGAACAUACUCCUCCUAAACCCCGUGAGCCGUCCCACUUCGCCCGAGUGCCUGGCAGCGCCGUGGCUGCAGGAUGACCCCGUGAGUCGCUCGCGUCGCUCCUCGUUGCUCUUCCCGUCCCGGGCGCUCCGCACCUUCAUUCGUGCUGAGGAGGAGCGGCGGCGCCGUGUCGCCACGCGGCAGAAUGUGGGGCCCACGGCGGCCCAGACUCAGGGCCAGAGGAAGGAGCUACAGAACCAAGGCCAGGACCUGUAGGGCAUGUCUAGGGAUCUCCAGAGUCUAGACCAGGAUCUCUAAUGGCAUAAACCAGGACAUCCAGAAUCUGGACCAGGAUCUCGAUAGUCUAUGACCUCUACAGCAGAGACUGGGAUCUCUAGUGCCUCGACCAGGACCUCUAGAACAGAGAUGAGGACCGCUAAAGUCGAGCCCAACAUUUAUAAAGUCUAAACCAUGACCUCUGGGAGUCUCGACUCGAGUGCUGUAUUAAUAAACUGCGUGGCACGGGUGCACGGUGUGGUUGUGGGGGAGCUGCGCAGCCCCGCUGGGGAGUUUGACCGGCAGGGAUCGCCCCCUCUGCCCUCGCAGUGACCCCCCCCCCCUCCCCGGACCGUGCCCCAAAACGCGCCUUAAUGUGGGGCCGCCCCUAGAGGGGGGCCCUCCUCUCAGCAUCCGGCCUGCAGCACAAACCGCAUACUGUCGUUCACAGCAGUCAAGUAAGGGGCCAUACAUUCAGUGCGUACGCAUGGAGGGGGGGUUGACCCAAAUGCGUACGCUUACGUAUGGGGAGGGGUCUACUGACAAUGUGCGUACGCAUAAAAAAC